AUGGAGCCCCUCCCCAAAGCCCCAGAGGUCGACGAGAAGUCUCCAGAAUCCAAGGACCUGCUGCCCAGCCAGACCGCCAGCUCCCUGUGCAUAAGCUCCCGAAGCGAGUCUGUCUGGACCACCACCCCCAGGAGUAAGUGGGAGAUAUACCACAAGCCCAUCGUCACUAUGUCCGUGGGCGGCGCCAUCUUCCUCUUCGGCGUGGUCAUCACCUGCUUGGCCUACACCCUGAAGCUGGACCGAAAGUACCUGACGGCCCUUAAGAUGAUCGGGCCGGCCUUCCUGUCCCUGGGACUCAUGAUGCUGGUGUGCGGGCUGGUGUGGGUGCCCAUCAUCAAAAAGAAACAGAAGCAGAGACAGAAGCCCAUGUUCUUCCAGAGCAUCAAGUCCUUCUUCUUAAAUCGCUGA